AUGGAACUACACAGGAGUAAUCCAGGGAGCACAGCUAUGAUUGAUGUCAUACCUCAGCCAGAGUCGCUGCCACUGUUCGACAAACUGUAUAUAAGUUUGGAUGCAUGUAAAAGGGGUUUUAUAGCUGGGUGUAGGCCUCUAAUUGGGUUGGACGGGUGCUUCCUCAAAGGUUACUAUGGUGGACAGCUAUUAUCUGCAGUGGGGCAAGAUGCCAACAACCACUUUUUUGUAAUUGCGUAUGCUGUGGUUCCAAAUGAAUGCAAAGAUACUUGGGGCUGGUUUUUAUCAGUAUUGAAGCAGGAUCUAGGAGAUUGCACUGAGUUGGGACUGAAUUUUAUCUCCGAUCAACAAAAGGGGUUGGCAUUGGUCUUGAAAGAAUUAUUUCCGAGAGCUCACCACAAGAAUUGUGUACUACAUAUCUGGAAGAACUUCAUCAAGCACUUCAAAGAUGAAGAGACGAAGAAAUUAGUUUGGGAAUGUGCAAGGUGCACCACACACACUGAAUUAACUACUGCGAUGAAGAAGUUAAAGCGAGUAAGUGCACCAGCAUGGGAGUAUAUGCAAAAAUUUGAUCCGGCUAUGUGGUGUAAGGCGUACUUUAGUCAUGAGCCGAAAGUGGACAACAUAACUAAUACUAUGUGUGAAGUGUGGAAUGCAAAGAUUGUGGAGCAUAGGGAAAAGCCUAUUCUAAGCAUGUGUGAAGGGCUGCGGUGCUACAUAAUGAGAAAGAUGGCAACGCACAAGAAGAAGUUGGAGGCUCAUAUUGGACCACUUGCACCAGUCCAACAUAAGAAGUUGGAUCAAUUUAUCAAGCCUAAGAGUCAUAAAUGGAGAGCUAUAUGGGCUGGUGAUUCGAAAAGAGUCCUCUUUGAGGUUCAUUCUCAAAACCAUAAAGUGGGUGUGAAUCUUCACAAGAGGACAUGUACAUGCAAUGUAUGGCAGUUGACUGGAAUGCCUUGUAGACAUGUCGUUGCAGCAGUAGCUAAAAUGGGUCUUAAGGCUGAGGAUUUCGUGCAUAAGUGGCUGCAUUAA